CUCAUAAUAAUCAAGGACCAACUUUUGGCUGAGAGCGCACGAGUCAAGGAGAUCAUAGCAGUUUCCUUUUUCUGAUUUGAUUAGAUCAGAGGGGUGAGAAGAGAAGAAGAGGAAACGAUGUCCUGCUCCUCGUCGUCGGGGUCCGAGGAGGAUGAUGAGGGCUUCGAAUCCUACAGGAAAGGAGGCUACCAUGCCGUCCGGGUUGGCGAUCAGUUCGCCGGCGGCAGAUACAUAGCACAGAGGAAGCUCGGUUGGGGUCAGUUCUCUACUGUCUGGCUUGCUUACGAUACUCGCACCUCUACAUACGUUGCUCUUAAGAUCCAAAAGAGCGCAGCCCAGUUUGCUCAGGCUGCCCUUCACGAGAUUAGUGUUCUUUCGUCUAUUGCUGAUGGUGACCCUUCAAAUUCAAAGUGUGUUGUCCACUUGAUCGAUCACUUUAAGCAUACAGGGCCAAAUGGACAGCACCUUUGUAUGGUCCUUGAGUUUCUUGGUGAUAGUUUGCUCCGCCUGAUCAGAUAUAACCGUUACAAAGGCCUUCCAUUAAGUAAAGUUAGGGAGAUUUGCAAAUGUAUUUUGAUUGGUCUGGAUUACUUGCACAGAGAACUUGGUAUAAUCCACACUGAUCUAAAACCUGAAAACAUUCUUCUCUUUUCUUCUAUUGAUGCUUCCAAAGAUCCUGUCAGAUCUGGACUUUCCCCAAUCCUAGAGAGACCAGAGGGGAACCCAACUAGUGGGGUUACGAGUCUUGUUGAGAAAAGGUUCAAAAGGAGGGCAAGGAGGGCAGUUGCUAAAAUAUCUGAAAAGCGUGAUUCAAUGGGAGGAGCAGGAGAAGCUCGGAAGUCUGAAAGAAAUGUUGAAGGGAUUGAUGUGAGAUGCAAGAUUGUAGAUUUUGGAAAUGCAUGUUGGUCCGGUAAGCAAAUUGCUGAAGAAAUCCAGACAAGGCAGUACAGAGCUCCUGAAGUAAUAUUGCAGGCUGGUUAUUCCUUCUCUGUUGACAUGUGGUCUUUUGCUUGCACUGCUUUUGAACUUGCCACUGGUGAUAUGAUGUUUACCCCAAAAGGUGGACAAGACUAUAGUGAAGAUGAGGAUCACCUGGCCAUGAUGAUGGAACUUCUUGGGAAAAUGCCCCGUAGGGUUGCAAUCUCUGGAGCACGAUCCAAGGAUUACUUUGAUAGGCAUGGGGAUCUAAAACGGAUUCGGAGGCUAAAAUUCUGGCAGCUUGAUAAAUUGUUGAUUGAUCGAUACAAAUUUUCAGAGAAUGAUGCAAGGGAGUUCUCAGACUUUCUUCUGCCGCUUCUUGAGUUUGCACCGGAGAACCGGCCAACAGCCCGGCAGUGCUUGCAGCACCCUUGGUUUCGUGGUAAGGAUUCAACUCCGUGUGAAAAGAGAAAUGAGCCUAGUGUGGAAAAGGUUAAUGUUGGGAUGAACAACCUUAAAAUCAAGGUGGGAAAGUGAAGGGUGCUUCGCAAUGACUUCACUUUGAGGUCCAUCUUUCCACUUGAAUGAAUGAUUUUGUUUCCCCCCGGUCACGGCUUAUAUUUGGCUUGCUUUUUUUUUUUUUUUCACUGGAUUUAUUUUUUCUUUUUCUAUUGAAUUAACUACGAAGAUGUAAAGUAUUGAAGAAUUUUGUGAGCAAAAUGACACCGUCCAGAGGCUUGCUGACACAGGAACGUGUUGAUUCUUGCGUGUGAGAUAAUUCAUUUUGACAUUAUUCUGAAUGAAGUCACAGCAUACAAGGGCUCUUAUUAGAAAAAUGUUGAAGGCAUACUUCGUGUGCCGUAGUUGUAUGAAUCCAAACAUGGGAAGGGUUCAAACUUAAAAGAAUUGUUUUAGGUUAAAGUA